UAAAGAGGAUUUUAUUAAACAACCACAGUCGAAGUUUCGACAUGAAGUCGGUUGGAAAACCGAAGGAUUUUAGCAUCGAAAGUAUUUUAUCAGACUCAUAUAUAUUUUUUCAAAAUAAUCAAUGUAAAGAAUGUUCUUUAUCUAACAUAUCAAAAACAUGUAAGAUUGAUUUUCAAAAAGAAAAAUAUGAAACAAAUUUUGUAACAAAUUAUAAUAUUAAUACUAUCGAAAUAAAUACAAAAAAUAAUUUUCAAUCGAUUAAAAAAGAUUCUACGUUAAAUUUAACAAGGCCAUUUGAAAUUAUGGAAAAAAUGUAUCUAAGAAAUAGUGGGUGUAGAAAUGAUAAAUUCAGUGAAAACAAUAGUGAAAGUUUAAAACGAAAAAGUGAAAUAAAUAUGGAAAAAAAAUGUGAAAUGAGUUUCAAUGAGUUUCAUCUAAUGAAUUCCAAACAAUAUGAUGAAAAAAAAUAUUAUGUAAAUUUAUCAAAUAUUGAGAAUAGUACAAAAGAAUUAGAAUGGCUUCGAUAUACAAGAUAUAAACCUCCAAAAGUUCCUAGAAAGUCAACAAUCGGAAAAAAUAGAAGAAAACCAAGUCUUCAUCCUCGAAUACCAUUUUCAUCAUUUCAAAUAAAUUAUCUUGAACAACAAUUUCAAAAUAGUGCUUAUCUUUCAAAAAAAGACGUAUUAAAAAUAUCAAAUAUUUUAAACCUUCUACCUAAUAGGGUGAAAAUUUGGUUUCAAAAUCGACGUGCUAAAGAACGACGUGUAUUUUGUACUAAUAUAUAAAAAAUAUAUAGAAAUAUAUAUUUAUUGUAUUGUAAUAAUAUUGUUUAAUCAUUUGGAUUCAUUUAAUAUAAAUCUAAAUUACUUAUAAAUUAAUAAAAAAAAAUUAAUCAA